AUGGGGCAGGGCUCUGCAAGGCCCGUGACCUCCAAGCAAAGCCAUGACGGACAGAGCCAAAGUUUGCAGUUGCGCUGGGGCUGCAGCAGCAUGCAAGGAUGGCGGCCCUACAUGGAAGAUUUCCAUUUUGCGAUGCACUCUUUGGGCGGUGAUUGGUCAGAUACCGCUGCCUUUGGGGUUUUGGACGGCCACGGAGGUCGCGAAGUGGCGCUCUUCUGCCAGCAGCGUCUCCCCACAGCCAUCGGCAAGAUGAAUCGUUGGCGACUCACAGAACUGGAGACCAAGGUCUCCAACCUGCUGGGUGGCAGUGUCGACGACACGCCCACGGGGCACACGCGCCAGAACGCCGCCAGCGCAGCGGCAGCGGGUCGCGCGCUGGUGGCCGCCCUGGAAGGGAUGGAUCAGCUGCUGGAGGAAGAGGCCGAAUAUCUCCGAUCCCUGCGGAUCUUGACGGGCGAUGCGCGUGACCAGCAGAUGGGCGCGAGUCGCGUUGGAUGUACAGCUUGCGUGUGUUUGGUACAGGAGUCCUCGAUCAUCGUGGCCAACGUGGGGGAUAGUCGUGUGGUCUUGUGCCAAAAUGGCUUGGCGAUACCCUUAUCCACAGAUCACAAACCCAACCUCCCCAGUGAGCGGGAGCGCAUCGUUCGCGCUGGAGGAACGGUGGAUCAACAGGACUUUGGCGGCUUGACGGUCUACCGGGUGAACGGAAACUUGAACCUGUCCCGAAGCCUUGGGGAUUUGGAUUACAAGCGCAAUGCAAAGUUAGCCGCCAGGGAUCAAGUCAUCACUUCAUUCCCGGAUUUGAUCGAAAAGAAGCGGGAACGACAUGAUGAAUUUCUGCUGAUUGCCAGUGAUGGCAUUUGGGAUCGCAUCAGCAACCAAGAUGCGGUGGAUAUGGUGUUGGAGCGUUUGGCAGGGAAUGAGGAGGCCAGACUCUCCUCCAUCACCGAAACUCUGGUUGAGAGGUGUUUCUCCCCAGACUUGGCCGAAUCUGGUGGCCUCGGGGGCGACAACAUGACGGCUCUCUUGGUGCUGCUCGGAAUGGGCGGCCAGAGCCCGCGGUCCGGGUGCAGCGACCGCUCGGACCUGACGCACGGAGGCGACCUGGCCCACGAACGGGUGGAGCAAAGCACGAAGCUCGGCCUCUUCCAGGGCGGUUUCCUUUGCAGCUGCUCGGCGGUUGGUAAGAAGGAGGAUCCUACUCCUCCUCCUCCUCCGCCGCCCAAAGCACUCCCAACUGCGCCAAGGCCGCAAGCUUUGGCACCAGCUGACCAGGGGCAAAAGGGGGGCUCAUCGGAAUGGCACAUGGAAGAGGAAGAAGAAGAGGAGGAAGAGGAGGAAGAGGAGGAAGAGGAAGAGGAAGAUGAGGAGCACGACACGCCUGCACAGCAUCCGGGUAUAAAGCCAGGAGCAACUACAAAUCCGAGCCAUCAAGAACACAGACAAAAGAUUGAUGGAGAGGAGGACAGUGAGUAUGAAGAAGAGGAGGAGGAGGAAGAGGAAGACGAACAGGAAGACCAUGUCCACGAUCCACUUCCCGACUCCUCUGCCAUCACUGCCACUGCCCAACACCAGAAAGAUCACCAAGAGCUUCUCCCCUUAGUUCAUCAGAAGAAAGCUGCGGUGCAGUCAGAAAUCCACCGCUUCCACUCCGUGGAGUCCGACGUCCACCGAUGGCGCCAGCGCCUAACGAAGCUUCAGCUGGAGGUCCCUGCAUCAGCCCCAGCAGAGGAGGACACCCCGCUGCAGCAAGAGCUGCGGCAGGUGCGACAGCAGCACCGCUUGGCACGACAGGAGGUGCUGGAAACCAAGCAGAGCGAUGGGAUGGGAGAAGGACCAUCACAAGACCAACUGGCCUAUUGGACAUGGCAGUGUCAAGCUUUUAAGGAGUCCUUGGCAAAGUCCCAAGAGAAGAUCAAAUUGGAAAGACAUCGCGUCCAAGAACUGAAGGAUGCGAUGGUGUCUCACCGGAAAGUUGGGAAGGACCUUACGACUUCUUUAGCCCGACUGAAUGCUGAAACGUCGCGUUUGGAAGCGGCUGAAAAGGCGGCCAACUUUGAAAACGCGGCCCUGGCGAAAAACUACUGGGACUAUGCGCACUGGAGCGCAGAUUCGUCCGAAGCCUUCCACGCGGAGGCUGUGAACGAAGAGCUCAACGAGUUGCAUCAAAAAGUCGCCUGGGACAACCACGAGGUCGAAGGACUCAAAGGAAACCUUCUUCGAAUCCAGCUGGCCUCGAAAGCAGCCGCCGAAGCAGCGGCCAAGGUCCAAGCCACCGCUCGGUGA